AUGAGGUAAGAGACUUGUUCUACGAGCGAACGAUUGCUUGGUUAGCCAAUUGAUAGGUCGUGAAUUUUCCUGCAUUUGCGAGAAACUUCUUUGUCGACGGAAGUGAAAGAAGAGAAAUCUGUAUCGUGAAUAUUUAACACUAAAUGUACCGGCAUUUUACAUAUACCUAACUUACCAUAAGGGGUCAUUUGACCCCUUAUGAAUGAACGUCGAUUUUUAGAAAGAAAUUCUUAAUUUAUUAAAAGAAAUAAUUUGCAACGUAACUUCUGAUUUCUAAUGAAAUAUUCAAACACAUAUUUUUAUUUAAAGUAAAGUUAUGAAUAAACGUUGAUUUUUAGAAAGAAAUUCUUAAUUUAUUAAAGGAAAUAAUUUGUGCAACAUAACUUCUGAUUUCUAAUAAAAUACUCAAACAUAUAUUUUUAUUCAAAGUAAAUUUUGCUAAUUUCUAGUAAAAUACUCAAACAUAUAUUUUUAUUUAAAGUAAAGUUUUAUAAGAGGCCAUUUGAACUCCUUAUGAAUAAACGUUGAUUUUUAGAAAGAAAUUCAGGUCAUUUGACUCCUUAUGAAUAAACGUUGAUUUUUAGAAAGAAAUUCUUAAUCUUAUGAAUAAACGUUGAUUUUUAGAAAGAAAUUCUUAAUUUAUCAAAGGAAUAAUUUGUGCAACAUAACUUCUGAUUUCUAAUAAAAUACUCAAACAUAUAUUUUUAUUCAAAGUAAAUUUUGUGAUAAUUUCUGAUUUCUAAUAAAAUACUCAAACAUAUAUUUUUAUUUAGAAUAAAUUUUGAAAAGCUUAGUACGUUUAGUGUUAAUCAAGAAUAUCAAAUUAUGAAUUUACGUUCGAACUACAACAUUCAUGGAGCGUGGAAAUGGAAUAAUUUCUGUUUCAGUGAAAUGAAGAACCAGAAGAAGAACUUGAACAACUCUAUAGGGCCCACCGAAACGACCCGGCUGAGGUCAAAAUUGGAGAAUUUCGACGACGUUCUGCCAUAUGUCGGGGAUUAUGGCAGAUAUCAGUGGUUGCUAUUACUCUCGUUACUGCCUUAUGGCACAACAUACGCGUUCCUAUAUUUCUCGCAAUUUUUCAUCACGAUCAUUCCCGCGGAACACUGGUGCAGGAUAGACGAAUUAGCGGAUUCGAAUUUCACCCAAGAGGAGAGGAUCAAAAUUGGGAUUCCACGAACGAACGAUUAUCCGUAUUAUGACCAGUGUAACCGGAAGGACCUAAACUUCGCGGAGAUCCUGCGGAGUGGCGAGGAUUUACGCUCAUUAGAGUUCCAAACGAACAAAACAGUGGAAUGUACUCGGUGGGAGUACAAUUUCACGCAGAUUCCAUAUCCUAGUAUAGGAACUGAGCUAGAUUGGGUAUGCAACCGAGAAUACCUCGUAUCAACGGCGCAGGCCAUCUUCUUCUGCGGAUCCAUCGUCGGUGGUUUCCUAGUCGGCUGGAUCGCCGAUCACAAGGGCCGUAUCCCGGCUCUGAUGUUCUGCAACAGUAUUGCCCUUCUCUCGUCUAUCGUCACUGCCAGCGCGAAUAGUUUUUGGUCGUUCGCCGUUUGUAGAUUUCUCACCGGACUGGCGUUCGACAACUGUAUCAACAUCCCUCUGAUUAUCGUGCUCGAAUAUAUGGCUGUCUCGAAGCGAACGUUAGUCGUCAACGUCGCGUUUGGCAUUUAUUUCGCAGCAGCUAGUACAAUUUUACCAUGGAUGGCUUACUACAUCUCGAACUGGCGAUAUUUCACUUACCUCACCGCCGUGCCACUGUUAUCAGUCGUUAUUACGCCAUGGAUCCUCCCCGAGAGUGCCCGUUUAUCUUAUCCGUUAAAUACCAAAGUUGAUCAAAUGAAAUUAUUGCAGAGCAAUCUGGAGGCGUCGGACAAAAUCCAAGAAUCAGCCACGGUGUUCGAUCUGUUCAAAACGCCACGCCUGGCUAGAAACACUGUCCUUCUGAUUGCAUUCUGGAAAAGCUCGGUGUUCGUGUCGUUCUCGAUCGCUUGUGCCACAGAACUUCCGGCUGGAUUAUUGCUCACCCUGUUGCUGGAUCGAUGGGGUCGUAGACUCUGCGGAUUUCUCACUCUGGCGAUGACUUUUAUGCUCAGUAUCGCCGAACUUCUGCUUCGUUCCGUGACGGCCAAAUUAGUAAUGUCAGUGCUCUCGCGAUUUUGUCUGAACAUGGUAGCCAACAUUGCUCUCCAAUAUGCAGCAGAGCUUCUCCCUACACCAGUCAGAUCGCAAGGAGUGUCUUUGAUUCAUAUUUUUGGAAUAGUGGCGCAUUGUUUGGCACCGUAUAUCACCGACUCGGCUGCAAUUUGGGAAGGACUUCCAAUGCUGAUAAUCAGCGCAGUAUCCUUUCUUGGCGCGGCGAUUGUUUUGUUCCUACCGGAAACCAUGGGUCAGAAUCUUCCCCAGACCAUCAAGCAAGGUGAAGAAUUCGGAAGAGAGCAACGUUUCUGGUCGUUACCUUGCUGUCACAAGCCACACUUCAAUGGGCAUCAACAUUAUCAUUCUUGCGAACGAUAGUUAUCUAAUUCUUAAUAACAAUUUAACUGAUAAAACACGUAAAAGAAAGGAAAGAAGAAACGAGGGAAGAGCCGAGUUUUGUGUUUCAAAGUAAGAAUUAUAACGGAUUAGCCUGAUGAUGUUUAUGCGAGAAAAACGAAUCUACUUUUGUAUCCUACUGCGUUAAUCUUUACUUUUAUUAUUAUUUAGCGUUUAAACGUUUCUAAACUUUAGCUCUAAGCAAAAACAUGCCUAGACACUGUGUUCCUAUAUAAUUUUUACCGUUAUCUUUUUACUUUAAGAGCUUUCAAUAUUAGUUUAACAUUAUGUCAAACAUAAGAUAAUUGAAAAUGUUUCUUUUAAGUUCUUUUAAAUUUUUUAGAAGGAUGGUGUGUUUAGAUAAUUUUUUUUUUUUUUAUUGAAAGAAAAGAUGUUUUAAACGAUGCUUAUAUAUGUAUAUAUAUAUAUAU